AUGAAAUUAUUUUCUAUUGUAAUAAAAAAUCGUAACAUUUUAAAAAAAUGUAAGAAUACAAAUAUACAAAAUAUUAAUAAUAGAAAUAUUUAUAUAUAUAACCAAGUACACAAUUAUUGUAAUUUGAUAGAUUAUAAUAAUAUUAUACAUGCUUUACAAAAAAAGAAAGAAAAUAUUUUUAACGAAGCAAAUUCUUUUAACUCGCUUCUUUUGAUAUUAAAAAAAUAUAAAUUAGAUAAAAUACAAAAAGAAACCACGCACUUGGUUAUUGAAGAAAAUGAAACGAAUAAUACACACACAUUAUGUUCUAAUAAAUAUAAUACUGUAGUAUAUACUUGGAUAAAAUCGGUGAAAAUUUAUAUAAGUUGGUUUUCAGAAAUAACAGAUGAUAAAUAUAAAUCUAAAUGUUUCUCUCUUCCUACUUAUUUGACAUUUCAUGUAGUUAUUCCUAACGAUUUUGAGAUAUUAACAGACAUUUUAAAACCUUUUGAAAAUUAUGAUUUUUAUAAUUUUCUAGAACUUGGCAAUAAUAGUAAAUGGGAUACUUCAGAAAAUUAUAAUUCUAUUAAAUCAUACGAAAAAAAUGAGACAAAAAAAGUUUUGCAAAAAUUAAAUCAGGAAAUUAUUUGUGACGACUCUGAAAAAGGAAAGAAUAAAAAUAAAAAUAAAAUAGAAAAUGAAGAAAAUUAUGAGCGAGAAGAUAAUUCAGGUUUCAUUACAUAUUGGACUAAGAAAGAUACAGAUAGGAAACAUCCCAUUAUUGAAAAUGUAUUACUUAAUCAAACAAAAAAAUGUGAACAAUUCAUAAAAAAUAAUUGCAAUCUAAAUGUUAAUCAAAAUAAAAAGGAAGGUGUAUAUAAAGAUAACGAGAAAAUAUAUUUUUUCACUUUUAAUAUAAAUGAAUUAGAAAAAAAUGAACGAGUCAAAGAAAUAAUAAAUGAUUGUGUAAAAGACACAUUUUCAAAUGAGAUAAAUAACAUAAAUUAUGAAAAAGAAAAACAAAAAAAUAUAAAUCCAUUUCUUUUUAUUGUAUAUGAUUAUAAAACAUUAAUACAUAUAUUUAAUAAUUUAAAAAUAAAUUUAUUAAAUAUUAAAAAUGUAUUCGAUAUUUAUAUUAUAAGUACCUUAUUGCAGCUUGUUCAAAGAGGAGAGAAACUGCAAAAUGUAUUUUCUUCAUAUACUGAAAAAACACAAAAUGAUUUUUUAUCUUUUUCAAAUAAUGAAUUUAAAAAAUUUUCCCCAUAUUUUAGAUUUUAUUCAAUUGUUCCACCUGAAUUUUCGGAUGUUCUGUCUGGAAAAUUUGGAGUUUAUGGAUGGGGAAAAUACCAAAAAAAAAAAGAUGCCCCAAAAAAAAAGAAAAAUGAAAAUAAGAAAAAUUGUCUAGAAAAAGUGGACAAUAUUCAAAAUAACGAUCCGAAUAAAGAAAACAAUUCUAAAUUUACUUACACAAAUGUAAAAGUAAAACAUAUAAAUAAUAUUAAAAAAAUUGUAUUUGGUAAUAAAAGAAGCAUAUAUGAAAUUACGGAAGAAGAUAUGAUGUUUUAUUGUAUUUCUCGAAAUAUAUUUUUAAUUAUUUUAUUUAAUUAUUUAAUAAAUCAGUUAAAAAAUAAUAUGAAUAUAUUAACACUUUAUAUCAAAAUAGAACAACCAUUAAUUUUUUGUAUAAGUGAAAUUGAAAAAGAAGGAAUAUAUUUAAAUCAAAAAAAAAUUCAAGAAAUACAAAAUAAUUCAAAUAAUCCAUUAAUCUAUAAAAAACAAAUAGAAGAAUUAUGUGGCUAUGAUAUAAAUUUAAAUUCAUCUAAGCAAGUUUCGUCUCUUUUAUCUAAGGCAUUGUUUAGUGGUGAUUUUAACCCUGAAAUUAAAAAUCAAAUUGAAAAUUCGAACAAUGAAUUAUCUACUUCUACAAAAAAAUUGAUGAAUUCCUUCAGUAUCAAUGAUAGCGAAGAUAAUAUAAUGAAUGUUUUGAAUUUCAAUUCCAAUUAUUUUGAUUAUAUCUCAAAUUCAAAUAGUCAAAAUAACACAGAAGAAUACGACGAAUUAAAUUCUUUAAAUCCAUUAUAUCAUAAAAAGUCCAACUAUUUUAAUUUGAAUGAUCAUGAUAUAUCAGAGAAAAUAAAUGAACUUAGUAAUUAUAAAAAAAACGAUGAAAUGAAUAAUAAAAUAAAAAUUCGACAAUAUAGUAAUACUAUAAAUGAAAUGAAAAGAAAUAAAGCAUUACAAACAAAUAAUAAAAUGCUAAAAAUAAUAAUCGAUGAAUUAGAAAAAAAUAAUUAUAUUGGAGAAAAAGAAAAAGAGAAAAUUAAACAAAUUAUUAAUAAUAUUAAACUUUAUAGAGAAUCCAAAAAAUUAUUCCAAAAUUAUAUUGAAAAUUUACCAAAACAUAUACAAAAAAAUACUAAAAAAAUACAUUGCAAUUUUAAUCAAUUAGGAGCAUCAACAGGUCGAUUAUCCUGUGAUCAACCAAAUUUACAAAAUAUUCAUUCAAAAUUUAGAUGCACAAUUUCAUUAAAAUUUAACGAACUAAAACCAACAUCUAUUCAAAAACAAGAUAUAAAGAACAAAUCUGUAAAUAAAAAUUUACUCACAUUUGAUUACAAACAAAUGGAAUUAUUUGUUAUGGCAUAUCUCAGUUUUGAUAAUCAACUAUUAAAAAUGUUAAACAAUAGUGAUGUGUUUGUAGAAACCGCUAAAGUUUUAUUUAAUACAAAUGAAGUAACAAAAGAAUUAAGAAGAAUGACUAAAACUGUUAUAUAUGGUAUAUUAUAUGGGCAAUCAGAAAAUGGAUUAGCAAAAAAUUUAUUAGUAAGUGAAAAUUAUGCAAAAUCCUUAAUCGAUAAUUUUUUUAAUUUUUAUCCAAAUGUAUAUAAAUUUAUGCAAAAACAAAAAAUACUAGUUAAAAAUAUUAAUUCAGUUUAUACAUUAAUAGGAAGAAAAAGAAUAGUUGAUCCAAUUAUUAAAAAUAAAUAUCGAAUAAGCAUGAAUACUCCUAUUCAAGGUUGUUCUGCCGAUAUUAUGAAAUUUGCAUUAUUAUCAUGCCAUAAAAUACUUUCAUUUUGUGAUAAUAUUAAUCAAGAUAUCGAUAUUUUUCUCAAAAUGAAUAAUAUAAAUAUUUCCUUAUUAAAAAAAUAUAAAAAUUAUAUAAAAUCAACAAAAUUAAUUUUACAAAUUCAUGAUGAAUUAUUAUUUCAAUGUGAUGAAAAUGGAGCUGAGGAUAUUAUACAACUAUUAAAACCGGUUUUAGAAAAUUCUUUUUUAAAUUUAAUAAAAUAUACAAAUACACAAAAUAGAUUAUUAUUAUUAUAUGAUUAUAUGAAUGAUAAUAUAUCUAUACAAACAUACAUUGAAAAUCUUAAAAUAUUAAAUGCAACAAAUUAUACCCUUUAUAAUCAAACUGAUAAAUUUGAUAUAAUUCUUCGAGACUUUAAUUUAAAGCUACCAAUUAAAGCCGAAAUCGGGACUGACAUUAAGGAAUAA